AUGCUGAGAUGUCUCGGUGGGGUUUGGUGGGGUGCUCACCCGGCUACACUGAGUGCUACUGUGACCGGUGACGUAUACCCGUACAAGAAUUUUGGCCAUGAUCUUGCUGCUUUGCCCGGCAUAUGCCUCCACAAAUCGUGGAAUAUGUGUUGGGAAGAGAGCGGCCGGAUUAAGGGUCGUUUCUUGUAUGCUAUACAGUCUUCCGUUCCCAGGAAGCCAUGUACAAAAUGUUUUGUAUUUAAAGAGAACUUUAAAACGCACAUGAGAAUGCAUCCUUCUGAAAAACGUCAUGUUUGUGAAGUGUGCGAAAAACGCUUUACACGAAUUGCUGAUUUGAAAACACACAUUAGAAUACAUACUGCGGAAAAACCAUACAUUUGUGAAAUAUGUAGAAAAGGUUUUUCCCAAAUUAGUAGUUUAAAAUCUCAUAUAAGAAUACAUACUGGAGAAAAACCGUACAUUUGUGAAGUAUGUAGAAAAGGUUUUGCCCAAAUUGGUAAUUUACAAUCUCAUAUAAGGAUACACACUGGAGACAAACCGUACAUUUGUGAACUGUGUCAGAAGUGCUAUGCACGAAUGGAUACUUUGAAAAUACACAAGAGAACACAUACUGCAGAGAAACCUUAUGUUUGUGAAGUGUGCGAAAGACGCUUUACACAAAUUGGUGAAUUAAAAACACACAUUAGAAUACAUACUGCGGAAAAACCUUACAUUUGUGAAGUAUGUAGAAAAGGUUUUGCCCACAUUGGUAAUUUAAAAUCUCAUAUAAGGAUACACACUGGAGAAAAACCGCACAUUUGUGAAGUGUGUAGAAAAGGUUUUGCCCAAAUUAAUCAUUUAAAAUCCCAUCUAAGAAUACACACUGGAGAAAAACCGUACAUUUGUGAAGUGUGUCAGAAGUGCUAUGCACGAAUUGAUACUUUGAACAUACACAAGAGAAGACAUACUGCAGAGAAUUUCUUUUCUACUGAAGAGACUUUUCGCGAAUGAGUAAUUUAAAUAUCCACAUAGCAACACAUUUGGCAGAGAAAUCUUAUGUUUGUGAUAUGUGUAAAAAAUCUUUUGCACAGAGGAGUUGUUUAAAAAAACAUAUAAGUAAAACACA